GGUGGUGAAAGGCAAAGGGAAGGACGCAGAGAGGGAAUCUGUUGUUCAGUCUCAGUGGCCAAGCAGAGAGAGAUACCUGGAGUCCAACUGAUGAAAUCUAGUCUGCGUGCGCCUCUCUGCUACAGAGCUGAUCAAGGCUUCAGCAUCUGGGAUUUACUCUGCUGCAGUGACAGAGGACUCUAUAACUCAUCUGAACAGAACAGAAACACACUUUACAAACUCUCAUUUUUGAGCUCCGCACCUCCUCUUAUACUUUUAUCAAGAGCAGCGUGAGCUCGCAGGCAGGCAUACCGCUGUUUUGCCUGGUGGACUGCCAGUAGUUUGUGAGACGGCGAUGUCGUGGGACUGUGGCCUGAAGUACAUGUUCUCUGUGUCCCCUGUGCUGCAGCAGGGGAGCAUGUGCAUCCUGCAUGACAAGGAGGACCUGUCCCGACUGGAGAUGGUCCAGAGACUGGCCAAGGAUGGCUGCCGCUUCCUGCAGAACCACAGCAAGGGCCCAGAGAGGACGAGCGAGAGUGACGAGGCAGUCCGUGUGUGCCUGAGGGAGAGGGGCCACGAUGUGCUGGUCCUACAGAGAAUGUCGUCAGAGCAGCCGGCCCCCUCUGCAUCGGCGAGGGGAGGAGGGAGAGAGGAGGCAAGGAACAGGAGGUACGUGGUGGUGUCAGGGACCCCGGAGAAAAUCCUGGAGCACUUGCUGAAUGACCUGACGCUGGACGACGAGCAGGGGACAACACAGGGCAAAGAGUCAGACACACUCCUGGAUGAUUUUCUGUUGACCUACCCAGUGUUCAUGUCCACCAGUGAUCUAUGCCAGGCUCUUCUAGGACACUAUUGCACCAAGCGAUACCGAGGCAAAGAGGACAGGAAGGAGGCUCUGGAGAGGAAACGUAAAGUCCUGCACCUAGUGUCACAGUGGGUGGCUCUCUGCAGAGAUUUCCUGAAGGAAGACGAGCAUGUCAAACUGUUCAUGAAGACUUUGUGUCGUUACGUGUUGGAUGAUCUCUAUGAGUACCCGGGCCUGGAGAAGGAUGUGAGGGAACUGCAGAGACUGUACCAGCUGCAUCGCAGACAUACGACUGAUGAAUAUUCCCCUCAAAGAAAGAGCAAAGCACUUUUCCACCAAUUGAGCCUGAAAGAGAACGGGCUCCAGUCCAGAUGCACACAGAGGGAGACCAAGGAAGUGUUGUGUCACGUGUAUAUUACCAUGGACUCGUACCUGAGCAUGAGGGCACAUGCUGGGAUGGUAGCCCAGGAGCUGCUGCAGGCAGUGGCAGACAGGAUGGACGUUCCUCAGGGGGACUUGGUGCUCGUGGCUGUCACAUACCCUGGAGGUCGGCUCCUCCUGCAGCCUCAGGACAAAGUCUUCUCCGAUUCCUUACGGCCGGUGGGGAGGCUGCAUGUCUGCAGGAAGGACCUGGGAGAAGUCCUGAACCCGUUCACAGACAAUUCUGAGCUGCAACAGAGGACGGCUCGCAUGCUCAGUUUAAACACAUGGGACGUGGCUGUGGCUCUCACCAACUUCGACUGGACCAUCUUUGACUCAGUACACGAGCAAGAACUCGUCUAUUUCACCUUCAGCCGCCACGGUAGCGCCGGCCACACUGUGGCGUUGGAGCUGCUGCUGCAGCGCUGCAAUGAAGUCCAGCUAUGGGUGAUGACUGAGGUGCUGCUGUGCCCGACGCUCUGCAAAAGGGUCCAGCUCAUCAAGAAGUUCAUCAAGAUCGCUGCCCACUGUAAAGCUCAGAGGAACCUCAACUGUUUCUUCGCCAUCAUCAUGGGCCUGAACACUGCAGCUGUUAGCCGCCUCAGUCAGACAUGGGAGAAAAUUCCUGGGAAAUUCAAAAAGCUGUUCUCAGAGCUGGAGACAGUUACAGAUCCGUCGCUGAACCAUAAGGCCUACAGGGACUCCUUCAAGAAGAUGAAGGCGCCAAAGAUCCCCUUUCUUCCUCUGCUACUGAAAGAUGUUACGUUCAUUCACGAAGGAAACAAGACGUUUCAUGACAACCUGGUCAAUUUUGAAAAGCUGCAAAUGAUAGCAGACACAGUGCGGCUCAUCCGGCAGUGUCAGAAAGAUCACAUGGGAAACGGCAUCGCCCAGAAGAGCAGCUCAGAAGUACGAGCCUACAUCGAUUACCUUCAUAUCAUCGACAAUCAGCAGACUCUGUUUGAACUGUCACACAGACUGGAGCCUCGAGCUUAAGAGGACGGCUCGUACUGCACUCCCCCACCAUGUCAGCCAAACCGUCGGACUGCCAAGGAACAAUCUAUCUCUCAGGACUCGGUCGGCAAUCAGAGGACGCUGCGUGAUCCUGGCCGACCACAGGAGGGAGCAGUUCAAUCAGGAAAACUCUCAAAGGAGACAGGAAUAAGCAGCAAAGGGCACAUUUAGGUAAAUGCAUAAAUAUCUGCAGAGAUCCACGACACCUGAAAGCAGAGCAAUUUCAUUCAACAUCUGAACUUGAGUGCCAACAGAUCUACUCCAACUUAGGCUGGCUGCUGCCAAGAAAUAUAAAAAAAAAACAGCAGCAGGUUUGAGCUGAAGACAUGCAUCAGUAUGAGCAGACCUGCAGGCCUAAACCUGCUGCUGCUGCUGCUGCUAUUACAUUACUUCCCUACAGAUGGCAGAUGUUGAAGGGUGUAGAGCUGUUCUGAAAAUGACCCAACAGCUCCCCUCAGUGGAGAACAAGAGUUGCAGGUGAAUUGCUUCCCAUCUUAAUAAAAGGCUACAGAAAAACAAAUUUGUCAACAAAACAGUUUAGAAUAUGGAAGUUCAUCCUCGACCUUGAAUCACAUAAAGUGACUGAGGUCAUAAGAUGCAGAUUAGUUCAUGAUAGACACGUUUUGUAUGUUCACACACAUGUUUAUAGAUCUGGCAUCAGAUUUAACCAAAGACCUAUUUCAGUCCCAAACUGUACACACACACUGCAGUUUUCUCACCAAGAUACAGAUGUGUUCUCUGCCAGAUGUGGGACAUGCAGUCACUGAUAAAUCAGUACAGUGCAUGCACAACAAUCUGAAUCAAGAUGACAGAAGUAGUGAAGAUGAUUAUUACGUUUUCAACAUAUAUUAUUUUUAUUAUCUAUUUUUUACAUUGCAGUAUUCAAUGUUCUAUUGUUUAACCAUUAAGAUGAGGCUUUAAACAAUUCAGAUGGCACGAGAGCAGGAAACAGCAAAAGAAUACGCCGUGUUUUUUGAUGUGUGUGAACAAUAAUGUGUGUUGUUUGUCCCAUCUAAAUAAAUGCUAAUUGCUCAACUUUUAACAAAAGCAUUGGUGUGAGGAUCUCCAUCCAGCCGAGCUGUGGACAAUCAGUAAAAUUGAGCAGCAGCAGACCCGUCCUGAUACAUCUGUGUGUUAGUCUUUAAAGUUCAGGUAGAGGAUCAGCCAUCCAUUGUUUCUGUGUAAUUUGUUGAGGCUUGGAGAUUUUGCCAUUGGCUACAUGGUACUCAGAGUAUCAGAAAUAAGGAUUUAAAAAAAACACGUGAUGGGGAAAAAACAGUUACAUGAAGACUAUUAAUAAUCUUUCUUCUGAACGGUUUCGCUGAGGACUGCUUUACCUCUAAAUCAAAUGUUACUCCGCUCCAGUACCGAGCCUCAGCUGAGCUCUUUCAUCCUCAGCUAAUGUGUGAAAACAUAAUGUAGAAAAUUAACUGUCCCUAUAAGUUAAGGGCGACAGCAAAGUCAAGUACCACAGCACCUUCUGGACAAAAACAAGUUGAGAAAGAGGGAGAAAAAUAGAAGCCAUUUGCUUAUGUACAGUGUGUAGUGACACUACUGUAUACAGCUGUAUCGUCGGUAGUCAUAGAAGUAUUUAUUCUCUAAAUUGGUCGACUGAAUACUCUCUUCUGUCCUGACAUUAGGCCACUUUAAGUAGGUGUGAUCUGUUGUAGAUGGAAGUUUGCAUUCUGUUCUUGAGAUUGUUUUUGUAUAUUUUAGAUUUUUAAGACUACGGUGAGCACAGAGAAAACACACUUCAGCAGUAUAUCUUAUUUUGAAUUUAAUUUGUAUCAUCAACAAUGUACAGUUGAUUGUGUUUAUACUGUAUAUACAUGUUGAGAUUCUGGAUGAGGAUAUUUAUUUAUUUCUGAAUUAUUUAUUUGUUCAAAAGACAUCCAGUUUGAGCUCAUGUUUUGGUUGGUCUGCAUGAUAUGGCAAACCAUGGAUUGACCACCACUGGCAACUGUGCAUGCAAUAAAAUAUUUUCGAUCA